AUGAAAAAAAGCCUAACAAAGAGAGUCGGAGCAGGCCCUGACAGGGCAGAUUUAAAAAAGCCCUUCGGAUUUUGCUGCGACGAGAAAUCCCAGGACCCCGAGACACGAUACGGGGCGAAGGACUCGCCGUAUAAAUCCUCAAUGGAAAACAUAUUUAUGAACGGCGGUGGACCAGGUUUAAAGUUCCGAAUCCAAGACAUCGGCAGGUCACCGUACCCGAUAAAAUGGGGAGGAACUCACAGGAUCAAAAGCGCAGCUUCUUUGGGCAGUUGUAAAAGAUGUCGAGGACCUUUGCAGUGGUAUCUCGAAGAGGAGGUUGCCUUCGCUCGAGACGGCCUAGCUCAUAAAAGGCAGGAAAAUUAUACCAGCGAAAUGGAGAAGAACGUGGAAAUCGCCCGAGAUAAAAGAGAAAAGAAACGCAGAGAGAGGUUGAAAAAGUUGAAGAAAGGUCAGAAGGGUGGAGACGAGAAGCCAGAGGUUGACGAAGACAGUGCCGAGGAAGAUGAGUUAAAGGAUAACGAGGAGAGCACGAAGGACACGAAGAGUGCGACUGCAAGUACGGAGCCAUCUACUCCUUGAGAAAUGCAAUUAAAAAGAGUAUUCAAGGUAAAACCAGACCCUUUCAGCGGAACGCCGAAUUUUCCGAGUUAUGAGAUUUUUCGAUAUAAUCUGU